AUGUCACAAGAAGUCCUAUUAACGAUUGAAAACAACGUGGCAACUCUUACAUUAAACCGCCCUCACAAGGGUAAUGCCCUUACAGCCACCAUGAACACACAAUUGCUGGCUUUUCUGGAUCAAAUAAAACAAGAUCCGCUAGUACGAGUAGUCGUGCUUACAGGUGCAGGCAAAUACUUUUGCACUGGUAUGGAUUUGUCCAUGGCUGCAACAUCUAGCGACGAAAAAGAUCAGGAAGCUGCCUUUGCAAAUGGUAUCAAGGUCUAUGAAGCACUUUAUCAGUAUCCAAAGCCCGUGAUUGCCAGAAUCAACGGACCUUGUUUAGGUGGCGGGGUUGGACUCAUCUUUACGACAGAUAUACGUGUAGCUCACAAGGAUGCUUAUUUUGCAUUAACCGAGGUCAAGCGUGGUAUUCUGCCAGCAAUCAUCUCUCAGUACAUUGUUCCUGAACUAGGGUCACAAAAGGCCAAAGAAUACAUGUUAACUGGUCGUAAGGUCAGUAUGGAAGAAGUCAAGGGUGCUCUCAGUACCGUUGUUUCCUCCGAACAGGAGCUAGAUCAAAGAGUCUCUGACUAUGCUAACAUGUUACUCGAGUCUGCGCCUGGCGCCAUGACAGGUAUAAAGCAGCUCGUACGCGCAAUUGUAGAAGGAAACGAUGUUCAAAGAUCACCAAGAGUUCAAGCAUAUGUCAAGAAAGCAUUUUUAGACAUGAUGAAGUCAGAAGAGGCAGCUUACGGUAUCAUGUCGUUCAUGAACAAAAAGAAGCCAGACUGGUCUUCUCUUUCAAAAUUGUGA